UUUAAGUUUUAUUUUUUUCAGAAUAUGAUAAAUAUCGCAAAAAAGAAACCAUCGAUGCUUAUCAUGGUUGUGGCUUGCAUCUUACUAUUCACAAGUUAUGGCGUUACCCAUUGGUAUUUCAGUAAUGAGUACAUAUUUCCUGGAUCAUGUCUUUUUGCAAAACCCGGAAAACGUCCAUUAGGGGGACGAUUCGAUACCAUUUUGGAGUUUUGUGGUGAGCUGUGUGAUCUUACAAAGGAACCCAAAACAAUUCCUGGAGAUGUUAUGGGAACUGUUACAGCUAAGGUUGACUGUGAUGCAAUAUUUGGUAGUGAGGAAAUUGAUAAACCCAGUGGGCACAAAGCCAUGCAAUGGGAAAUGAUUCCUGAGCAUAUUCAGCAAGAGUUCACUCACAAUGGAAAAGUGUUGGUAAAACCUUGGUUCAUUGAGGAAACACAUCAAGGAGGCACACAGAAAGUAGGAGUCUACACUAAAGCAGAUGUUCAAAAAUAUGUUGAUGCAUUUUUGGGUGGAAAACCUCUCGAUAAUUAUGGUUCAGGGAGUGCACUGGUUAACCAGAGCCUAAGCCAGAUAGAUGUGAAGGAUAAAACUGUUCUUGUAAUUGGAACUCAGAAUCCAUGGGUUGAAGCAAUCGUUCUUACCAAGAAUCCAGGUCUAGUGAUGACUCUAGAAUAUGGAAUGUUUAAAAGUGAAUAUCCAAAACUCCAGUUUGUUACUCCAGCAGUUUUCAGAGAAAAAUAUAAGAAAGGAGAACUUCCGCUUUUCGAUAUAAUAAUAUCAUACUCUUCACUAGAACACUCAGGAUUAGGACGUUACGGAGAUGCAAUUAACCCUUGGGGGGAUAUAUUAACUGUUGCAAGAGUCAGUUGUGUGUCUAAACCUGAUGCAAAGUUAAUAAUUGGAGUCCCAACUGCUGGAUUAGACAGGAUAGAGUUCAACGCUCACAGGUUAUGAUUUAUUAAUGUUUGGGAAGUUCCCUAAUCAGGAUUUCUUUAACACAAAAUUCCAAGUUUCAACUUCUCAAACGUACUUUUUCCUCAGUGGCAACUUCCCAAUUGUACAAUAUACCAAGUAUCAACUUCCCAAAUUUACAAUAGCCCCAAAAGUGACUUUCUAAAUUUACAAUAUCUGAAGUGGGAACUGCCCAAAUUUACAAUAUCUGAAGUGGGAACUGCCCAAAUUUACAAUAUCUAAAGUGGGAACUGCCCAAAUUGACAAUAUCUGAAGUGGGAACUGCCCAAAUUUACAAUAUCUAAAGUGGGAACUGCCUAAAUUUACAAUAUCCGAAGUGGGAACUGCCCAAAUUUACAAUAUCUGAAGUGGGAACUGCCCAAAUUUACAAUAUCUGAAGUGGGAACUGCCCAAAUUUACAAUAUCUGAAGUGGGAACUGCCCAAAUUUAC